AUAAUCGUCAUAUCAUAUGAAUUGCUAUCUUUACUUCCUCUCGGACAUGAGCUCGAAUUGGACAGAUAUUAUCAACUCACAGCAAUCAUGCCGAACACCAUCCAAGACCUCCACAAGGUCGACGAGACCAGCUUCCCCUAUGUCUUCGAACAAAACGCAACAGUGCAAUUGAAGACCAGCGAGGGACUCGUACGCUGCAAUGUGUACAGACCCAAGUCUUCAGACGCCAAUGCGAAGUUUCCCGUCAUCGUGACAUACGGCCCUUACGGCAAAGACAUCCACUACAAAGACUUCCAUCCAAAAUCCUUCUCAGAAGUAAACAAAGAGCACCAUUCUGAGCACUCAGCAUGGGAGACACCUGAUCCGGGCUUCUGGACGCAACACGGCUACGCUGUCGUUCGCGCCGACGAGCGCGGCCUUGGACAAUCCCCAGGACUCCUCGACACCAUGUCGCGCGGUACAUCUGAGGCCUUCUUCGACGUCGUCGAAUGGGCGGCGGAGCAGCCGUGGUCAUCUGGCAAAGUCGGACUCCUCGGCAUCAGCUACUACGCCGGCUCGCAGUGGCGCGUGGCCGCCAGGAAGCCGAAGGGACUUGCCUGCAUCGUUCCCUGGGAGGGCAUGUCGGAUUACUAUCGCGAUCGCUGUCGCCAUGGUGGUAUUCUGUCGAAUGCGUUUGUUAAGUUUUGGUGGAAUCGCCAGGUCAUUACGAAUCAGUACGGUCGUCCUGGACGCAGUGCGGCGAACUGGGGACCAGAUACUAUCGAGGGUGACUUGCCUGACGAGGAGCGCGAGAAGAAUCGUCAGGAUCAGACUAUUGAUACCGCUAAGUACAAGUUCCGUGAGGAGCAGUACUAUGCGAGCAAAGAGUACGAUAUGGCUGAUAUUGAGGUACCGCUCCUCUCUGUGGGCAACUGGGGUGGAAUUCUCCUCCAUCUGAGAGGAAAUAUUGAAGGGUUUCUCCACGCUGGGUCAGAGUUCAAGUACCUUCGCAUGAUCACCGGUCGCCACGAUCUCCCUUUCUACUACAGCGAGGAGGUUGAGAUACAGAAGAGUUUCUUAGACGCCUUCCUCAAGGGAGAAGACAAGACUGGAUGGAGCGUCAAAGGCAAACUUCCGGCCGUCGAUCUCGUGCUCCGUAAAGGCGAUGUUGGCUUCAACGACGCCGAGAAGGAGAAGACAUAUGCCCGACGCACUGAGAGCGAGUGGCCAAUCGCCCGCACGCAAUACACCCAGUACUAUCUCACACCAACUCAAGAGCUCUCAACCACCACCCCAUCCAUCGAGUCCGUACGAAAACUCUCAUACAAAGCCCUGGGCACCCUAGACGACCCGCAAGUCUUGCAAUUUGCCACCGCACUAUUCGAGCAGGAGACAGAAAUAACCGGCCACAUCGUCGCACACCUGAACGUCUCUCUAUCACCCCACGUCACAGGCUCAAUCCCGUCAGACAUCGAUCUCUUCCUCACCCUCCGCUAUAUCUCCCCAGAGGGCAAGGAAGUCUUCUACACCGGCACUGCAGGUGACCCCGUCCCGCUAACAAAAGGCUGGCUUCGCGUCUCGCUCCGCAAGACGAAUCCCAAUCACCCGAAACACAGGCCGUAUCUUCCGUGGCGGGACUACUUCAGCACGGAUGUGCAGCCGGUCAUCCCGGGUGACGUGUAUGGCGUUGACGUGGAAGUAUGGCCCACGAACGUUGUCGUGGAGAAGGGUGGGAAGUUGGUCUUCGAGAUUGCGAGUGGUGAUACGCAGGGCAGUGGUAUCUUCCAGCAUAACCAUCCGGAAGAUCGAUCAGAGGAGAGGUUUGCGGGGUUGAACCAUGUUCAUUUUGGGCCGCAGUUUGUCAAUUCGGUGACGCUGCCGGUUAUUCCUCCUAAGUAG